CGUUGUCCCUGGAUACCACAGCCUUGCCAAAUACCAGCACAACUCGCCAAAAAAGAUUGCCAUUCGUAUGCAUUCACCUGAUGGAAACCAACCCUGGUGCCCCAGCCAGUCCCUGUGGAGCUUGAUCGCUGAGCAUGUUUCUGGGUCAGAGCUACAAAAGAUCCGCACAGCACUGGGCCACUCCCUGGUAGACAUGUACACAGACGUGUACGCUGAGGCUGAGAUGCUGGGCGAGAUGUGUCAGGUCAGCCGUGGAGGAGGGAACCAUGGCAGCAGGGGAGGAAGCCCGUUCCCAUGUCCGCAGGGCUCCCCUCUGGCCGACCCCCCCGCUGUGAAAGAGCUGCUGAGAGCUGAGGUCAAGAUGUUACUGCAGACUCUCAGAGAGCGGGCCAGCAGAAAUGAUGAGCUCCUGUUUCGGUACAAACCUGAGACUGUAAACUACGCCCUCAGUCACAGUGAGAUCUGCUAUAGUAACCGUAGCAACCCUGACCAAACCGUUACUGGAAGCAGACCAGGCUCUCACUGUUCAGUCCAGUCAAGUGCUGAAGAUGAGAUUGAGGCCAUGAGAGAAAAGCUGAAUGUCAGUGAGAUAGACCAAGUGGUCGACCACCUCAGGUCUCUCCUGAAGGAAGAGUGGGAGGCUUUGACCAGACAUGUAAAGUAUUUAAAGGGAAACAUUAAACACAAGCGUCGGAGUCAUCGUGAAUCUGAUAAAUGUGAACCUUCGCUCGCAGAGCUGAGGGAGCUCAGAGAAAAUAUACAACUGGAUUUGGAGCUCUACCCCUCUUCGCUUGCAGCUUUGACCUCUCUACCUGCGAAGGACCUGAAACACAAUUUCAGACCGUCAGCAGGACAAAGUGCUGAGACUCUGCCAGCUUUAACAGCUCCAUCAGCUUUAAGACCACAUCCACGUCCUCCUCUGGGCCAGCCUAAACCCCGGCCACCAGGUGGACGUCCUCUCGCCAAGACGUCUCUAUCCAGACCUCAUAGUCAGCACAGAGUCACAUCAUCCUCAGAUAAGUCAAGUAAAACACCCACCUGCAACAACACUGACACUUCUGGGCAUGCAAACAGCCUCUUCACCUCCGAUCAGAUAUUAGCUAAAAGUGAACACCACUACAGCUCUGCUCCACAGCAAGACCGAGCUGUUCACAACAGGAUGGCGCCUUCAAGUUUUCAAACAAAAUCUGAGAGAAACGCACCGGUGCACAAAACCCAUCUAUCAUCCCAUCGCAGCAUUCACAGACCGAGCAUAAACUGCCAUUUAUCACCACAGAGCGAGGGAAAAAGCAGCGCUGCCUGGAGGCCAAGAAAUAUCAAUAUCACCCCCUCACCUGUUCCUGCUCCGAGUCAUGUCUCUGAUGUAGACGGUAACAGCAGCAUCAGUGAAGACCGCUGUGCGUCAACGAAGGAGAAAUCAAGUAGAGAAAAUGGAAAACAGGAUCGUAGCUGUAGAGAUAGUUUAGAGUCACCAGAGAGAGAUGAUGACAGGAGGACUUUGAAGACUUCAGUCACGUCUGAAAAUAGAAGCCCUCCCGGACAAAACGACAGAAAGAAGAGCAACCGUGAGAUUAACAGGAAUAAAAAUGCUCCAUCUGUGAAGGAUGAUAACAAACAACAAAGCCUUAGUAGUCUCAGUUUGACGGAUGGCUCCAUACAUCAUCCAGAAAGCAGCGAUGCGCCUCGAGAAUCCGCAUGCACUCAACCAUCAUCUACACUGAUUGAAGAACAGUUUUUCACUUACUCCAAAAAACCACAUGGCGGCAGCACUGGCAUCAAAAAUGUUCACACUGGGCCCCAGUUUCUGGAGAGGGUUCAUCAGCCAGUUCCUCCUGCCACAGUGCCAACAUGAAGUCGACCACUACCAGGACAAGGCUCGUACACCUAAAGGAAAAUAAAAGGCAGACUUGUUAUUGUCUUGAAGCCAUUUUUUUUCUGUCUAGACUGUAAUACUACGUCACACAGUCACUAUUUUAUUUUGGAACAUGGUGGCCUGAGAGUUGCGCAAAUAUUCCCUCAGUGUGUUUGGAUAAAAACUAAAACUUUACAGCUGUGUCUGACAUUGCACGUUUUCUCCAAGUGUGGAUUAAAAUGAACUACUGACAGGA